AUGGACGGUUCCUGCAUCCGCACUGGCCUCUGUAUAUAUACAGAUGGCUCUAAGUCGGAAAGAGGGGUGGGCUCCUCCAUCGUGGUGGUCUUCAAUAAUAUAAACGUCUAUCAGGCUCAGUAUAUGCUGGCUCCCCACUGUACGGCUAACCAAGCUGAAUCACUGGCUAUCAGGAAUGCUCUAAGAUGGAUCAGGAAUAAUGCCAACUCUAGGCACUAUAAUAAAGCUACCAUUUUUACUGAUAGUAGGGUUGCCCUCCUUCAACUCAAGAACCUUAACAUAAAACUCCCUAUUGUAAGUGAAACUCUCCAAACCCUUCUUGUACUCAUGAAGGACAUUGACUUAAAAUUUAUUUGGGUGAAGGGCCACUCCGGUAUUCCCGGGAACGAGAGGACAGAUCUUCUGGCCCGCUCUGCCCCUGAUAGGUGCAUCCACUGCACUUACAGCAGUGUUCCCCCCACCUGGCUCUCCAAUCAGAUUGGUCUGGCCUGCUGGAAGUAUUGGCAAACAAGGUGGGAUGCCAGCUCCACGGGUAGGUUAACUCACAAGUUUAUUCCCGACGUUAUUAUCAGGAGGGAAAACAAGCAUCUGCUCCCCUCCUUCCAUCUUACUCAACUGUUGACCGGUCACGGCAACUUUAAAAGUUACCUCUUGCGGUUUCUCCAUAAGGGUAAUGGACAGUGUACUUGCGCUCUCAACGAGAUGGAAGAGCCAUAUCAUAUUAUUUACUACUGUCCUCACUAUACUUCUCAAAGGAAGAGGCUCAUUAAUACCGUUCUCAUGGAAGGGAUUCUUUGGCCCUGCGAGCUCAAGACGUUUGUUAAUAACAACACCAUCCACAGCGCCUUUAGGGACUUUGCCCAUAGCAUAAAUGUGCUGGGCUAA